GAAUUUUUUCAACAGUCAUCAUGGACAUGAGCAAAGUGUUCAAAUCCAGUUUGGGCAUCAAGUAUCCAACUUUUAGGGAUUAUCCUUUGCAUUCUGGUGAAAAAUGGCUCGAAGGAAAAAACAACGACGACGGAGCUGAAGGCUUGUGGAGAAUCCACGACAACUUGUACGAUUUGAAUGGAUUUAUCGAAAUUCAUCCAGGUGGUAGAGAUUGGAUCGAAUUAACAAAGGGGACUGACAUAACUGAAGCUUUUGAAGUCCAUCAUCUGACAGACAAUGCUGAAACUCUACUGCCAAAGUUUUUCAUUAAAAAAGCCACAAGCCCUAGAAGUUUCCCUUUUACUUUCCACGAAAAAGACUUUUACAAAACCCUCAAAAGAAGAAUUAUUGGGAAACUUGAAACUUUACCAAAACACUUAGCAAUUAAAAGUCAUAUUAUGACUGAUGCAUUAUUUGCCAGUUAUGUUGGCUUGUUUUUAUUAGCUGUUUAUUUUAAAAGCUUUGUUUUGGGGAUUGGGGCAGGAUUGUGCUUGGGGCUUGUCACAGUUGCCGCCCACAACUAUUUCCAUCAAAAGGAUAAUUUUAGGAGGUUUUAUUUUGAUUUUUCUUUGAUGAGUUCAAAAGAAUGGAGAAUCAGUCACGUACUGAGCCACCACAUGUACACAAACACAAUCAGCGACAUGGAAAUCGCUGCAGUAGAGCCAUUUUUGCAAUAUUUGCCUGGCGAAAAAAAUUUGCUGGUUCGGUACGGCUCUUGGCUUUAUUCGCCUGCGAUUUAUGCAUUUUUAUUUUUCGGAUUCUUUGUAAAAACUUUGCUUCAAAACUACCUGAAAUCCAAAGUAACAGCUUGGCCAACGUUACUACCAUUUACCAUUCCAGUUCUAGCUUGGCUUUUGACUGGUCAACCUGUGAUGUUUUGCUUUGGAAUGUUUCUAUGGAUAGUGAUUAUGGGUAGUAUUCAUUUCGGAAUUGUUGGAUUGAAUGCGGCGCAUCAUCAUCCUGAUAUUUUCCACGAUGGAGAUGCUACCAGACCAAAAUCUGAAAUGGAUUGGGGCCUAUUCCAACUGGACGCCGUCAUGGACCGCAAAGACAUAACAGGAAGUCACUUUUUAGUUCUAACCAAUUUCGGAGAUCACGCUUUGCACCAUUUAUUUCCGACCAUCGACCAUGGAUAUCUGGAACAUUUGUAUCCGGUGUUUUUGGAAACUUGCGCCGAAUUCCAAGCUGAUUGGAGGCUCGUGUCUCAAUUAGACUUGAUCAAAGGACAGUUCAAGCAACUAGCCAAAGUUUUACCAAAUAGAAAUGUACCAAAGUAA